UCGUCAAUCAAAUCAAAACAUAACCUCGAAAAAGUUGGGCAAGGGAGAAAAACAAAAAAAGAUUUUUUUGUCUUUUAAGAUUUAUGUUAGUGAUUUUAAUCAACAUAAGCACAUAACACGUUUAUAGAAGAUGGAUUAUCUACGCAGUGUCUGGGGUUAUGUGCUGAAUUGCUUUAAUUGCCAGGAAAAUCAAUUGAUUCAGGGAAGUGAACCAAAUGAGAGAUCCCACUUGCUGAUUGAUCCAGUGAGCAAUAGCCCAGCUUUGCGACCCAUGGCGGAUGAUUUUACGCAGGAAUAUCCGAGCUCUCUGCCGAAAAAAGAUGAACAAACAGUCUUGAGUAGAAUAGUCCAGGAAACAGCUUCAAAUAUAAUUGAUGUCGCUGCCAUGGAUAUGCACAAUUUGGAGCCUCAGGAAUACUCAGACAGGGUGAAGAUUUAUGCGCAACGUCUAUCGCAGCAGUGGAGCAAUAUUAAUCAUCCCCGGACGGGACCACGGGGGCUACUACAGGAUAUUCCCAAUCCCGAAGAGGUUCUCUCAUCCACCCCGAUCAGUGCUGCAGACUUUCACUUGAUGAGGAGCACUGCUCAGGCAGCAAAUGCAGCAGUUUUGGAGAUUGAAGUGGAACACACAGAGGAUCUCAUUGUGCCUUUCCGUAUCACAUAAACGACAGCCCCCUCUUAUCACUCUGUGGAUAAUUUUUAUUUUUAUCAUUAUACCCUUUCUGCCCCCUCUAAUAUAUAGAUAAAAUUCCCAUGCCAUGAUGUGGUGAAACUUCCCUGAUGUAAGAAAGAAAGCAAGUUGAUAAAGUGUCGUGGGAGAGAAAUUCCACAAAAUAUUUUCUGUUAAAUAAAGGAUAUUUUUAUUGAACGAACAUAA